AUGGUGAUAAUUCUUGUCGUAUGUGUCGUGUGGACGGCGUGGCUCAUGCUCAUAUCGCUGGCUCCAAACGAAGCGACCAACGCGCUGAUGAACACGGCCGCGUAUGACAACGGCCAAUUCUGGCUCAUUGUUGACCCCACUCCAAGAUUGACACUUGCUGGCGUCGCCUUCCUCUUCAUCGUAGGAGUUUCCUACAUUGUCGUGCUGCUCAAGAUGCUGAUUUGGCGUGAGCGGGUGUUGACACCGCUGGUCCUUCGGAGACUCGAGAAUCGACUUCUCGACAGCUGGAAGGACUCGAGUUUGGAGUCGAGGACAUGGACGAUCGUCGUAUCUCCAAUCUACCGACGAGCUCAUAAAGUAUGGAGCGACUUCACCUUGUUCGGUGGGAACAAGCGCAAAUUCUGGAAUGUUUUCACCAAAGCAAUCGACCUUGUGAUGCAGACUGUGUCCUUGCUCCAACUGCUCGAACGCGGAAGUCCUGCAGGACUCGUGUAUGGCUAUGCAGUCUUCAUAGCAAUCAACGCUAUGUCCUGUGAGGUUAAUAUCCUGGCCGAUCCGUUUACUACCCUUGGGGAAGUCCUCGUCGACUCGAUUUUUGAUUUUUCAGCAGCGGUCCUGUUUCCUAUGGCCACGCUGGUGUACUCGUACUACAACUUCGAUUUCGAUCGCGACGGGUAUCUCACAUAUCUGGACAAGCUCCCUCCAGGCAGCUUUGAGCGUAUCGCUCGCUUGUUCGCAGACGAAACUGAGAUUGCGCUCUUUCGAGUGAGUUUUGACUCGCUAAGAUUUCGAUUGCCUCUCGAUUUGGUAAUUCGGAUCGCUAUGAACUUGGCGUUUUGCUACCGCAUGAAGCGUAUGAUGGAGGUCAUGGUAUGGCGCAAGCGGCACGCUUGGGUAUCGGGGAGAACGCUACGGAAAAGUUCGGGUAGUAUUGCUCCGGUUGAGCCAAAGAAGCCGGUGCCCAAGGUAGUUGCGGUUGUAUUCGCAGGUUUUAGCGUAGCGGUUCUAGUCGCUACGCAGCAAGCUGUGGCACAUUCUAGUACUGCAUGUGCUCGGUACCCAGAGUGUGCGGUAUUUGCCUACCGCUGGACCAUCAGCGACGACGCGUGUCCGUGCCUUAGCUACAUCGAUGUGGAUAAAGCUCCGAAAACGUUCGAGGACUGGAUUCAUCCUCCCGAUGCGUACAAUAAGGUCAAAGCUCUUGCGCGUUCGGGUUUAUUGGAGUCGAUCCAAGUGAUCAAUCGGCAGUUGCUUGAGUUUCCUGAAGAGCUGCAAGAGUGCAGACACCUCAGGGCAAUCCUGCCCCCUUGGACGAGCAAGUUCAAGAAUCUGGAGACAUUUCAUAUCGAAGGCAAGCUGGGAAGUGUGAACAUCGGAGAGCUCCCUGAAAACCUCUUCAGCAAUAUGCCGAGCUUGGUAAUGGUCCAUUUGGGCAUCCACGAGGCGCUGGCGCAGAUCCCGCUACUGACCGGCGUCCCACAACUUCAGAAAUGGAUCCCGGACCUGUCGCCGUUGACGAAACUUGUGGAUUUUAGUAUUUUAACGGGGGUUAUCUGCUGCAAUGGAUUUCUCGGAGCCUGCGACUUGAGUGACUUUUACUGUCGAGGCAACCCUGCUGUUGGCAUCCCUGCAGCAACAUGUCUCAUGGACGAGACGGAACCAACACAAUCUGCAGCUCCAUAUUUCAACAGCUCUGGCACACGAGACGUAUUCGAGAAGUUUGCGUCUGGAAUAUGCCAAGCGAUGCCGUUCGAUGCUGCGGUUAUGAGCAUGCCGUAUCCCAAACGGCCUAGGCGUCUGAAGCCUUCGAGAACACUUGCCUCAAGCGGUGCUGCUCACUGUCUUCUCCUACACUCGCUAUGA